UUGCAUAGUGUCAUUUAUAUAAGGAGCACUGUUCGUCAUUCACGCGCUUAUGCAUUUUUUUUGAUGCGGUGAAUUCAAGAGCUUUGUUUCAAUAAUAAUUUCUUUUUAUUCUUUUAAGUUUCUGUUGAUUCGGCGCAAUGGAUGCUACGAAAGUUGAUACUCCCUACCUUCCAGUACCUGAUUUUUACGCUGGCAGAACAGUUUUCCUAACAGGGGGCACGGGAUUUCUCGGAAAGGUAUUGAUUGAAAAAUUGCUAUACAGUUGCAGCAACAUCGAUACAAUUUACAUAUUACUAAGAGAGAAGAAUGGAAAUGGAGCAAAUGAAAGACUUAAGCGAUUAAUAAGUAAUCCUGUAUUUUCUAGACUACGAGAGGAGAAACCAGAGAGCUUAUCGAAAAUAAAACAUAUCAUUGGCGAUAUCACAGUUUUCAAUAUGGGCCUAACUUCUCAUCAGGAAGAAUUGUUAAAAAAGGUUACCGUUGUGUUCCAUUUGGCAGCAACGAUUAGGUUUGAUGAACCGCUUAAGAAUGCUUUAAAUAUAAACGUGGAAGGGACAAGAGAGGUUCUGAGAGCUUUCAAAAAGCAAUCGAAAUUGGACGCAUUUGUAUAUGUCUCCACAGCAUUUUCUAAUACUGAUAAGAAAGAAAUAGAGGAAUGUAUCUAUCCUCCGCCAAGAACACUACAAGAAGUGUAUAAACGCAUCAAACAUGAAGACCCAGAUGAAGAUCUUUGUGAAUUUCUAAAUGGUCGUCCGAAUACAUAUACGUUUACGAAGGCAUUGGCUGAAAAUAUAAUAGGAGAAGAGCACGGAGACAUUCCAGCUGUCAUCGUAAGACCUUCGAUUGUAACGCCAGCUGCAGAGGAACCGUUCAAAGGUUGGAUAGACAACUGGAUGGGGAUCACAACAUUUAUCUUCACCAUCGCUAAAGGCUGGACUCGAGUUCUGUAUGGGAAAAGAAAUUAUGUUCUCGACAUCAUUCCUGUCGACUACGUUGUUAAUUUGAUUAUGGUUGCAGCAGCUAGAUGUGAAAGAUCCACUGAUGUACCAGUAUUCAAUAUUUGUAGCAGUUCUGCUAAUCCUAUAUCAUCAGGUCUACUUGGCAGUUUGAUUAUUACAGAGAGCAUAAAGCAAAAAUUUUAUGAUUUUCCUCUCUUCGGCGUGGUUUACAUUAAGUCCGCUAUAUUCGUAACAAUUGUUAGUUUCAUCCUGGAGACCGUACCAGCUUACUUGACAGAUUUUUGGCUCAGAAUUACUUGCAGAUCAAAAAGGUUAGCUUGAUAUAUAAUGUACAUAGGUACUGAUAUAUAAUCUCACAUAUACAACAAACAGUUGCCAUAUGGCAGAAUGCAUGAAAUUACUGACUAGCGGGGUGGCGCGUCCACCGCGUAACCAAAAGCACUACUAAACUCCCGCUCGUUUUCCCGCUCUUCGUAAGUUACAUGCCCAAGGCCUAAGAGCAUUGACCUUUAUAAAUGGACUGGCUAUUAGACGUAGUAU